CAUCAAUGAGUGUAGGGAAUGCGGAGGGGCCUACCACGUGGGUGGAGUUAUUUGAGUUUCUGGUGUAAUUAAAUCACAAGAAGACACUGUACAACAAAUAGAAACCCAUGACACGUGUCACAAUCUUGUAACUCUUCCCCUCCCACACUUCCUUUCCCUUUUAAGUUACUACUAGUCUACUACUCACUUUUGCAACCGAUUCUCUUUCUCCCCCAAAUUACAAACGCAGACAUGAAUCAGGUCACCAACGGAGCCCUAAAAUCCAAAAAAUCCUCCAAAAAACCCGAAUAUUCUAGGUUUACACAGCAAGAACUUCCGGCUUGGAAACCGAUUUUAACUCCAGGAUGGGAUGAGUAAGCUGUGAUUAUAACCCUCCUCCAUCUUCGAACAUGGCCCAGUUAGUUACAUCUGAAUUAAGUAAAGAUUUUGUAACUGUUAAAGCUCCUGACGUUGACUAUUUUGAAAGCGGUUAUGAUUUGAAGAGAGAGAAAUCAGAAUCGUUUACAAAGGAAGGGGAAACAUGUGAAUUCAAUGAAGCUUUCUGUGAUAUGGAGAUGGAUGAUGAAGAAACUAUAGCAGAUGUCAGCCAACCACUAUCAGUUUUAAGCUCUCCGACAUAUGAUUCAUUACAUAAAGAUCCGACAUUAAAGUCAACUGAUGCCUCUCAAAGUCAAUUUUACAUCCAGCUGACACCCGAGCAAGCUAGUAGUGAUAUCUCCGUUGCUCAAAAUUCAGGGGAAACAUGUGAAUUCAAUGAAGCUUUCUGUGAUAAUGUUGUCGUGUCAAUGGAAGUCAAACCGCCUGUUUCUGAGGAAGAUGAAAAAUGUGAACUUAAUGAAUCUUUUUUUGAUAGUUCGGAUGACAUCGAGAACAUGGAGAUGGAUAAUGAAGAAGAAACUAUAGCAAAUGUCAACCAAUCGCCAUCAGUUCAGCAGGCUGUUCAAGAUUCAUCUUCCAGAAUUGAUGAUGAGCGCAAUGAAGAUGUGGGCUCCAUGGAGGCCAAAUCACCUGUAUCUAAAGAUAACAUAUCUUUAGUUUCCGAUGACGUUUCUAUUCAUUGGGAGCUGAUAUCAACUGUCCCUGCAAAUGCCGAUUCAGAAGUGAAGUUGGACAACAAUGAUAAACCCAGUGUCAUGAGUGACACAUCGGAGAUUCGAGAAACUGAGAGGCUUCCUUUGACAAGAAAGUUCAUUUCUCCGAACUCUCAGGAAAAACUAUGUCAGGCAAUGAAAUCUCCAGAGUCAUUAGAUGACAUCGAUAAUUUCAAAUGCAAGAAGAAACUGUACUUCGGAGAACAAUCUGAGAACAAGCUUUCACCAACUAAAUCUGAUGUUAACGAUAACGAAUUAAAUUUAAAUCUUCAACUGGCUACAGGACUCAUUCAGAACAAAGCUGUUAUAAAAAGCUCCAAACAAGUGCGAAAGAGACCAAGGAAAUUCAAAAAAGGCUCUCGCACUAAAAAAGGCGUUGCAGCUAAGGGUUGUCUUGGUGGGCCCCGUUUAUGUCGUUCACUUCCUCGUCUUAGCUCAGGGUGCACCUCCAUCGAAGGGUGUUCAGAGAGUGCUAUUGCGUUUUCUCAGAGACAGAUGCAUGACAUUGAGUCUCUUGCUUCGAAGCUAAUGAGUAAAUUGAAUUCCAUGAAGACUAUUGUGGAAGAAAAAAUGCUCUAUGGAGCGUAUCGUUCCGCCUCCUUGAAAAAUGAGGCAGAUGAGGUGAAAUCAGUCAUCAAGAGUGCAACAAAAACUGAAAAAACAGCAAAAAAGCGGUUAUCUUUGAUGGCGAGAGACUGCAACCGUUUCUGCAAAAUCAUGAAACUGACUGAGGAUCAUAAAACUUCUGCUUCCGGUGAUCCUGCGUUGGGCAACAGCAUUCCUGAGAAGCCUUUAGAAAGAGAAAAGAAGAAAAUCAGUUUUGCUGACGAAGCAGGAGGAAUGCUUUGCGACAUCAAAGUUUAUGAAAUUGAACAAGUUGAACAAGAAUCGUCUCUACCGUAAAUGACGGUUGGUUUUUUAAUCUUUAUUCGUGGCGAUUUUAUGGACCGAGGAAGAAUGCAUCAAGUGGUUUAACAAUGACGAUGUAUAUUUUUGUGGUGUAGAAACUGUACCUGUGAGGUCGAUUUUAUAGCCGAAGCGGUCAUUAAGCGCUUCAAUUAUGCAAUCUAACGUUUAUUGAACAGUUAAAAGGAUGAUCAAAACUUUUUCGUUUUAAAUGGGCAGAUGUUAUUAUCUUGCGACGAAAAAGUUUAUGGGUUGAAACGAGACCUGGUUUGUCUGUGUCUGAGAGCUUUGGUCCAACUUUGUGUUUGCAAGUAAUGGACACACAAGUUUGGUUUUCUCAAGUGACAAUGGAUUUGCACCUUUCUUACAUGGUGUAGAUGUGAGUAAAAACUGGCGAUGUUACUUGCAAAACAUGUUGGCUUCUUUAUAAAUUGUUCACUAGUUUGUUCA